AUGUCCAAUUUGAUUUCCGACCGGCCGUCUCGCCCGGCCAACGUUGGUCUGCAGUGGAACAGCGAUGCGAUCGUAGAGCAACUGUCCCGAUUGGGCCUGGAGUACAUAACACUGGUGCCCGGCUCGAGUUACCGCGGCGUGCAUGACAGCCUGGUGAAUUACAAGAACAACACGAACCCGCAGAUUCUGAUGUGCCUGCACGAAGAGCACACGGUUGCAAUCGCCCAUGGAUACGCCAAGGUGACCGACAAACCGAUGGCGGCAGCGGUCCACGCGAACGUCGGACUGAUGCAUGCGACGAUGGCGGUGUAUAACGCAUUCUGCGACCGGGUACCGGUGGUAAUGCUCGGUGCCACAGGACCGUUAGAUGCGGCGCAGCGCCGCCCGUGGAUCGAUUGGGUGCACACAUCGGGGGAUCAAGGCGCCCUGAUCCGGCCAUUCAUCAAGUUUGACGACCAGCCACACUCGGUGCCGGCCGCGAUCGCAACUCUGGUACGUGCGACGGGGCUGGCGACACAGAAACCCCGUGCGCCGGUGUAUGUGUGUCUGGACGUGAGUUUGCAGGAGGAAAAACUGGCGAAUCCAGACUCGGUGCGCUUCCCGACCACAGAGCGGUAUCUGAACCUUUCGACGCCCGGUGCAGCGGCAAAUGAUGUACGGAAGGUACACGCACGACUGGCGCAGUCCCGCAAACCGCUCUUCCUGCUCGGCCGCCUCGAUCGUUCGCAGCAGGGCUGGAGCGAGCGCAUCCAGCUGGCCGAACGGUAUGAGGCCCGGGUGCUCACAGAUCUGAAGCAGGCCGCCGCUUUCCCGACGGGGCAUCGCCUACAUGCCAGCGCCCCCGCAGUGUUCAAUACGCCGCGGACGUGCGAGCUGAUCCGCGAAGCAGACGUGAUCGUCUCCUUCGAAUGGGUCGAUCUCGCGGGGACACUGCAGGCCGCGUACCCGCCGGGAGAGGAACCAACGGCCCAGGUUGUCCAUAUCAGUCUCGACUCGGCGCUACACAACGGCUGGUCCAAGGACCACUUUGGUCAUCCUCCGGUGGAUCACUCAAUCACAGCAGAUGCAGACAAGUUCGUCUCCAGCUUGCUCCAAACAGCUUCGGUGUCACCUGUCGCCCGAGAAUGGACGGAUCCCCCUCCAAUCCCUACAUCGGUCCUGGCCGACGGCGAGGAGAUCUACAUGAGCCACCUCUCCCAGGCGCUGUAUUCGACCGUGAGUCCCGACGACAUGUGUAUCAUCCGGAUUCCCCUCGGCUGGAAAGGUGGCGAGAUGCGCGCGACGCACCCUCUGGCCUACCUGGGCCAAGACGGGGGUGGUGGCGUGGCCUCUGGCCCUGGACAAGCGGUCGGAUCCGCAUUGGCAUUGAAAGACAGCGAUCUACUGCCCGUGGCGAUCUUGGGCGAUGGCGAUUUCCUGAUGGGCGGAUCUGCGCUGUGGACCGCGGCGCGGUACGGCCUGCCCCUGUUGGUAAUCGUGGCCAACAACGCGUCCUUCUUCAACGAUGAGGUACACCAGGAGCGUGUGGCCCGGGUCCGCAGCCGGCCUGUCGAAAACAAGUGGAUUGGGAUCCGGAUCGACGACCCUUUACCGGAUCUGAGCCAGAACGCGGUAUCGCUGGGGGCAACCGUAGUGGGCGGACAGGUGCAGCGGCGGGGGGAGUUGGGCGAGACGCUGCGACGGGCGGUGGACGAGGUGCGGCGCAAGCGCACAGUGGUGGUUGUCGAUGUGCAGGUGCGGCCGGAUGGGUACUCGGCGGCGUUGGAGAAGGCGGACUAG